CCAUCGACCCAGCUGCCCAAGCUCAAGAGAGUCAUCAGCUGACUUCAUUCGCCUUUCUCUUCUGUCAACCCCAACUCAGCUCCAACUUGUACUCAUACUUCUCCAAGUGACUUGUGAAAGGAAGUACCAAAUUAACAAGUUAUUGAUGAGGACGCUGGAAGGAGUGGCCCUAAAAUUGCCACCACAAUCAUUCCCAAUGAUAAGAGACCCUGCCUGCCGCACCCCUCGGGCCUUCCGACGCUUUCUCGUAUCAGCUUCAACUGCUGGAGCUCCACCCACAUCCCUUUCACUCGGUCACUUGACCCGACCUGAUUUCCCCAUCCUUCACCAGGAAGUAUAUGGCUCUAGACUUGUCUACUUGGACAAUGCAGCAACCUCCCAGAAGCCAAUCACUGUGUUAAAGGCUUUGCAGGAUUACUAUGCAGGUUACAAUUCAAACGUCCAUCGUGGGAUACAUUACUUAAGUUCAAAGGCGACGAUGGAAUAUGAACUGGCCAGAAAGAAGAUUUCAGAGUUUAUCAAUGCAUCAGAUUCUCGAGAAAUUGUUUUUACUAGGAAUGCUACUGAAGCUAUCAAUCUGGUUGCUCACUCGUGGGGGCUCCAAAAUAUAAAAUCAAAUGAUGAGAUUCUUCUCACAGUCGCCGAACAUCACAGUGCGAUUGUUCCUUGGCAACUUGUAGCUCAAAAGACUGGUGCCGUUUUAAAAUUCGUGGAAUUAAAUGAAGAUGGAGUUCCAGAUGUGGAAAAGUUAAAAGAUAUGCUUUCGAGAAAGACAAAACUUGUAGUUGUUCAUCAUGUCUCAAAUGUUCUUGGUUCUACUCUCCCUAUUGAAGAUAUCACGUCUUGUGCUUAUGAUGUUGGCGCAAAAGUUCUUGUAGAUGCUUGUCAGAGUGUUCCGCACAUGGUGGUUGAUGUACAGAAUCUUAAUGCUGACUUUCUUGUUGCUUCUUCUCACAAGAUGUGUGGACCUACGGGAAUUGGAUUCUUAUAUGGCAAAAGUGAUCUACUUUCUUCUAUGCCUCCGUUUUUAGGUGGUGGAGAAAUGAUAUCCGAUGUAUUUCUCGAUCAUUCCACUUAUGCUGAACCUCCAUCUAGAUUCGAGGCUGGAACACCAGCUAUUGCCGAAACAAUUGGGCUAGGAGCAGCUAUUGAUUAUUUGUCUAAAAUUGGUAUGCAACGGAUACAUGAGUAUGAGAUAGAGCUGGCCAAAUAUCUAUAUGAAAGUCUUUGUUCAAUACCCAACAUUCGCAUUUAUGGUCCGGUACCUUCAGAAAAUGUCCACCGUGCUGCUCUUUGUUCUUUCAAUGUUGAGAGUAUACACCCUACGGAUUUGGCUACUCUUCUUGAUCAAGAGCAUGGAGUGGCUAUUCGAUCAGGUCACCAUUGCGCCCAACCCCUUCAUCGACAUUUAGGAGUUGGUUCAAGUGCACGUGCAAGUCUCUACUUCUACAACACUAAAGAAGAUGUUGAUGACUUUAUCCAUGCCUUAGAUGACACGGUCAGAUUCUUUAAUUCUUUCAGGUAGUAUUGUAGAUCUUCAAUUCCCAGCCAAUUGUAGAUUCUGUAUCAGUUAAGUUAUUUGAGACUGAUUCUCUUAGCGUACAUACUUUCGGAUAUGUUGACCAGAAAAAGCAAAAGGCUCAAAGUUAGUAAAACUUUUAGCAGAA